AUGGAAAACACCAUACUUUUUUUUUUACAACCAAAUCCACCUUUCUCCUUCUUUGCCAUAGACCAGCAGCUUAUCAUGGAUUUGCUUGAUCAAAUUGAAGACUAUUCUUCAACUCAAGUUAUAAAUAACUUAUAUCAAGCCACCCAAGUGAUCAAUAACAAUGAUAGUGACUCUGAUAGCAAUAGCAACCAUGAAGACUCAGACAAAGAGAACUUGAACAUAUUGGACAAAAUCAAUCAACGUUUAAAUGGUAAUAAGAUAGAAGAAUCCGAAGAAGAAGAACAAGAAGACGAAUUUCAGAAAUUGCCACAAUUGGAGAUUGAUCCUACUGAAUUUAGCCAGCCUACUCAAGUCAUUCAAUCAUCCACACAGGCUAUUACACAAGUUAUUACACACUCAGAUGUUAUAAUGGAUGAGCCGGCCAUUCUCACUGAACAACAACGUCAAGAGAAAAUUACCAAGUUGAUAGAAUUGAAGCGUCAGCAAAGACAACAAACUGAACAAACUCAGUUAGAAAAGGAGAUCGAAGCCGAAUCAUCUUCCGAUGACGACAUUAUUAACGACACGGUCGUAUCCACCACUGAUAAAGACCCUUCCCUUAAAGAGUUGAACAAGAUUAAACAAUUCUUGAAUAUCGAGAAAAGAAAAAUAGACAUACAACCUGAGUUUGAACGUCAAGUUGUAUUUAAUAAGGAUAAAUUAUUAGAGGCAUUUUCUGACGACGAAGAACAGGAAAUAAUACCCGCUAUAGAAUCUACUCCCGUGACGUCUCCUCCAGAACCAUCCCUUACUAAUAUUACUACUACCCAAAUAAAGAACCCACUUGAGUUGUAUGCUCAAAAGUUGCGUAAGGAAUUACCCCAAGAAAAAGCAGCAAUUGUGUUAGAUUCAGAUUCAGAUACCGAAGUCAAUACUUAUACUUAUACUCAACAUGUUCCUGCUCAGCCAAUUCCUGAAUUAACCAAAGAUCAAAAAUUAGAGAUCAAACAAAAAUUCAGUAAGCGUAAAGGAGCACACGCUCAGACUACACACAAUUCAACCAGUUCACUUCUUAAAAACUUGCAAGCUAGAAACAUAUCUCAAUUGAAACAACAAAAGUUGAAUGAUCCUAGUAAAGCCAUAAUUGAGGAAUUGGAUAAAGACGAAGAAGAAAUGACUAGUUUGUUAGAGCGAGAAAUUCAACGAGCAAAGAAUAUAAGAAGGAAGGAAAAGAUGCAAGAACGUGCCAAAUUAGCCUUGGUGGGUAAAGCUCUUGGAGUUGCUGCUGAUGAGAUAGACAAAGAUUAUGAAGAAGGCGAAGAAUUGGAAGAAAGUGAAGUUCCUGAAUCAGACUAUAGUGGAGACGAACAAGGGGAAGAUGAUAGCCAAGCUGAACUGGACGAAGAAGCACAAGUAAAGAUAGCUGAAACCCGUAGUGAUGACAGUUAUAUGUUUGGUGGUCAGGAAUCAGACAAGCAAUCAGACGAUGACGAGCCAAACAUAACUACAACGGACCGAAAUGAUGAAGAUGACGAUGCAGCAGAUUUCAAUAUGAAUGAUAGUGUUCUAUUCCAACAUCUGAAGCCCACACAAAAUGUUAGUAGCGAUGAAGAGGAUUACGCAAUUGUUAAAAGGCAAGUGCCAAGCUUUAAGGAUUUAACUCAAGGUUCUACUCAAGCAACCCAAAAAGACACAACUCAAGGAUAUAUCCAAGUUUCCACUCAGCCAGAUGCAACUCAAGUGGACAUAACCCAAAAAGAUCCUACCCAAACGCAAGCAAUCACCCAACCAGACAAAUUCGCACCAACUCAAAAGAUCAAUCUUACUCAAACCAUUAAAACACAAGUUGACGACAUUUUCACAGACGAUGAAGACGAAAUCACACCUGCGACUGUAAAUAAAGGAAAGAAAGCAAUUCGCAAUAACAUGAUCGAACAAGGAGAAGAUGAAGAUGAAGAAGAUAUCCAGGAACAAAUCAAAAUCUUCCAAGAAAAGAUCAAAAAACAAGAGCUUAAACAACGUAAACGAAGAAAGGAAUUUGAACGUCGUGGUUUAAACAAGAUUGUUGAAGGAGAAGCAGUUGAAUCCGAAGAUGAAUGGCAGGGUAUUGGUGGUAUGGAUGGAGAAAUGUCCGACCAGGCUAAUUCUGAAGAUGAACGAAUGAUUGAUAAUAAUUUCAAUAUUGAUUUAAAUGAUGAAGAGGUUAGAAAGAAGUUUAUGGAAGAUUACCAAAUCAAGGACCAAAAAGAAUUGGAGAAGUUAUUGGAUGAUAUCAAAAACCAUAGAUUGAAUAAACGUGGUAUUAAUGGGAAUGGAUUCGAUAUUGAUUUAAGUGAUGAAGAAGAUCAAUUGUUGGCAGCCUACAGAAGGCAAAAGUUGCAAGAACAACAACAGCGAUUAUUGCUGAAUAAGAAAUUGGUUGAAUUGGAAAAGAAUGAGCGAUCAAGACCAUUCUUUGAAUCUAUCCAAGAGUCUACAUCACAAAUUAAAAUCGACGAUGAUGACGAUGGGGAAGAGGUUGCAGUUGAUGGUAAGAAAACCGUCGAUGAAUCAUUUGUUCAACGGCAAUUAUCAUUUCUUAACAAGAGCCACCAAGAUGAUGAUUAUGUGGAAUUGCAAAGGAUCUCAAACAUUCAAUAUGGUUACGAUGAUGAUGACGACGUAGAGGAUAUUCAAACAUUAAAGACAAAGAGUAUGAAUAACUUAACUAGAUCUGUAUCCACUGUUCUCAGCAGCGAGAAUAACAAAAGAGAUAGUCAGCAAGUAACUGAUGCAGACACUGAUGAUGAUGAUGAGUUUAUGCCAGCGUUCAAGAAACCAUCCAUUAUAAAAUCUUUUAAAUCGUUUCAACAAGAAAAUCAAACUACUUCAUUUGGCAAAUCUACUUUCUCGGGAGUUACUAUCAGCAAGCAAUAUAAAUCUGUAUCUGGAUUAAAGGCUUCAAUUACAUACAUGCAAAAGAAUAAUGCUAGCAAGAAGCAAACCAAGAGUUUGAAGGAAAAGCAAAUAGCAAAGAGUCUUGAUAACUCACGAAGUAGCAGUUUAUUCAAAAGUACAGGCUUUGAUUAA